UGCGGUUUAGUCGAGGCCCAAGGGAUAGAAUGAAGGUACGGUCAAGGCUACGAGGUAGUCCCAACUUCCUAGACUCUCUGUGCGCGUAAGGAAGUACUUUAUGGGUUGGUGGUGCGACACGGUAUGACGAGGCAAGUUUCAGUCACCCAAUGACUGCGAUUGAAAAAUUAAUCAAGUUGCAAAGGUACACAAACCUGGGGCUAUCAUCAUGAUGUUUGUAUGCGCCUCGCCUAAAGCUGUCACUAGGCGACUCUAUAUGGUCGGUAACCCACCGUCCCGAAAGAUCGUUUGUAUCUGCGAGAAUGAAAUCGUACGUUCGUUAGGUCCAAGCACCUUUUCUGGCUUACGGAGGCCAUCAUAAUGUAGCAUGACUUUGGAUAUCCUCUCAUCGUAGAGUCGAUGAGAUCAAAGAGGCCAGCUUGCCAUAGAACUCGCAUGCUCAUAUGUCCGCGGUGAACAAUUACUUUGAGGGCGCUAACGCACUAGUGGCGGUGUUGUAUGCCAAUCUUUAGACAUAGCUCGAGAAGCCGUCGGAGUCGAACGCUUGUAAGGAAUGCUAGCAUCCAGUUCGCCUCCCUCUCCGUUCAACCUAGCUUGUGCAUACACCCAGCAGACCCACCGCCUCGCGAAUUGUUUUCACGAUCCACACCAUGUUCACCUCCACAGAUUCUCUCCAUUCAUAUCUCUCGCAAGUCGGAGACGUAGACAUUAUGGCGGACUUCGUCAUCACCUUCAUCUUGGUCCUCGCCUUCAUCAUAGUCUCACUCGACGGCGACGUCAAGCGGCUCGCCAGCGACGAGGAUGAUGGCUUCAUCCCGCCGUUCCCCGGUUCCACCACCGCGUUCUUUUCCUUCCUGUCGCAGGACAUCAUCUGCGAGUCCAGGAUCCCCCAGCUCGUCAACACUGCCGCGUGCCAACCCUAUAUCCUGGGCUCAUCUCCCUCGAUUCCGUCUUUGACACACCCGCCAAUCCCUCAGGUAGUCUCAAUACCUGUUCGGUCGAAUAUGGUCAACGAGGAUUGUUCUGAUGCCAACACCAUCCCCGCCAUCAUGGUCACGCCGUCGGAAACUCUCGGCUUUGCCCCCACUACUAUUCUCGAGUCUCCAUCUUCCCGUAGCACCACGCCCAGCUCAGACCGUUCCUCUAUCUCCCGAAUUCCUCGGCUCGUCAUGCGGUCUUUCGCUCAAGAUGAGGUGGUCACCUCUACUCCCUGCGGACUCGGCUCUGGUGCCCGCCGGGCCAAAGGUAGCGUUGUCAAUACCACGCGGUCUACGAGGUCCCCCACUCCUUCCUCUACCAGAAUUCAUACUCCUUCACCGGUUCCGUCCCGAUCUCCUUCUCUUGCUCGAUCUCGUACGCCUUCCCCAACCCCUUCUCGUGGAUGUCCUCCGACAUGGGAUCCUUUGAACGGCCGAUACUCCCCCUGCGGCCGCUGUAAUCAUCGUCACAGUCGCUCUGUUUCCCCUGGCCCUCGAAAGCAACACCUAUCCCUAAGGUCCAGAAGUGUAAGCCCAAACCCCCGAUCCAGCUCUGCCAAUUCGAGCGGAAGCACCGGUGGUAGCGAGACUCUGGUCCACUCCGACGUCAAUGACAGUAAAGACGCAUCUACGUCGUCGACAAUCCUCACCGACGAAGAGCUUAUACCAGGGUUCGCUGAAAUUGUGGACAAGCGGGCGAGUCAGAACGUGGAAAAGAUCUUAUCUAAACGUGCAUCCUCCGCCGCACCUUCCUCUGCCCCCGCCUCUGUUGCCAUCAUUGAGCAAGACUUGUCAGCAACAUCGUCGCCCUCGACGCCGACCGAGGACGGCCUUUACUUCAAGGAUAUCAACCUCAUGAGCAUGGAGAGCAUCAUCGCUGAACGAGACUUCAUCCUCGGGUGCCUCGCAAGUCCCCGGAGUGUCGAUUCGAUCUUUAGCUCCGAUGACGAAUCUGACAUCGGCUCGGAGGAGUCUCAAGAGGGGCCUGACACGGGCGAGGACGACGAACCAGCGGCUACACAGCUCAUCGCCAGCGACGAUUCACCCAUCGAGAUCACCAAUGACUAUCACUUACUUCCACUCAUCCUGAACAUCGUCACAACUCGGAAGGAGGUCAUCCAGCACCGACAUGACGCCCUCGCAGAGCUCGAAAUCUGCGCUCGAAAGGCAGAAGAGGUUCGCAGCGAGCGCGACAGUUUGGAGAGCACGUGUAAAGGGAGCGGCCAUAGUGAUUUUGUUGGACUUGCUGGCUCGGCCGACGCGUACAGGUCCAUGGGUGCUAUGCUCUCGCGUGCUGUCUCGCCGGCGCCGGCGGGGAUUCCCGACUUUAUAUCCCUGACGACAAUUCUGAAAGCCGAGCUCGCGAACUUGAACCGACAGAGUGUUCAUUGGAAGAUCACGGCUACGCAGUCUUCCAAGCGUCACAGUUUCCUCGAGAUCGAGCUUGCUGCGCUUACGCACGAAGUGCAACGUCUUUCGGUUGAACGGGAGCAAGCUCAGCUGGACGUCACUAUCUCUUCGCCAUCCUCAUCGCGGUCAGCGUCGCCUCCACCUUUGCCGCAGUCCACGUCGUCUUCAAUCACCAGCAUUGUUGAACCUUCCUCUACCGAGCUGUCAUCGACCAUGUCAACUUCUCCUAUACAAUCCCCGACUGCAGUAAUACCUUCUCUCGAGACGUCAUCGCCCAAUGAUCCCAACUCUUCGGUCCUUACAGCGACCAUCCCAUCUUCGUCAACACUAUCCUUGCGAACGCCAUACUGCUCCGAGCUGUCCUCGCCGCCCAAUCCAUCCUCUCCCGUGCCACAAGUGACCAUCGACGAUGUGACGUCUAUACCUUCUUUGGCGACGGACCAUAUCAUGCUCGAAGCCGCGUUUGCCCUACAUCUUCCGGCUCUACCUCAAACCACAAUGACAUCGCUCGUCACUUCCACGAUGCUGUCGCCUCCCGUCGUGGGCAGUCCGCGCGAUGGCGCGGAUAACCCACCUCAGUCCCUUGUUUCCAUGGCCUCCGGUGAUUCGUAUACAUACGACCGUUAUCGCGAACGCUUAGAACAUGGGACGAUCACUUUGCGUGGCAUCGACGUAUAUGAGCCUAGGCGGCGGGACAGGGUAUGGAAGAAGGUGAAGAAGACGUUCAAAUCAAAGUCGAAGCGCAAGGACGAGCACGAAAAGUAUGGCCACUUCCCCGAGGGCUGGAGACUGGAGGUUCUUCGCGAGCGGCCGAAGAAGAAGACGUGGAAGAAGGUAAUGACUAUGGGCUGCUCCUGCUAAUCGCGGUUGGGACCUGGGCUUUACCAUUUGCUUAUCAGACUUUGCUCGGUCGUGUAUCCAUACCAUCAUGGUAUCUUCAUCGUCAUCGUGAAGACGACUUGUAUCAUCAUGACAUCGACACUUGUAUCAUUGCAUUCGUGUAUACCUUACCUUGCAUCGGCAUCUGUACAUUAGAAGCACUAUC